CCUGUUGUUUCAAUUGUUUUUGCGAAAAACAAAUCAACAACAUUUGAUGAAAAAAGAUUCUCAUCAUCAACGAUCAAAACAACAACAAAAUUCUUUUUCCGAAAAUUGCAAACAACUUCUGCAUCUUCUUCUUCUUGUGUCUCUGUUCUCGAAAGAAUCCAAAUAGACAAAAAAGUCAGAAAAUCUGAUUUUGUCUGUUUGUUUUGCUGAUUUUCUUGAAGAAAUUCUUUUGACGAAAAUCUUUUGAACCAACGAAUCAAAGUCAAAAAUGAAUGCUUAUCAAUUACCAUCAUCAUUUAAUACUGGACCAGCUGGAACAGUUGGAACAAUAACACCAACAACAUCACCAUUUAAUUAUUUUCAAACACAAAAUAAUCAUCAUCAUCAUCAUUCUACAUAUGGUUUGGGGGUUGGUGGUGGUAUUAUUUCAACAUCAUCUUUAUCAUCAUCAUCAUCACCACCACCACCACCAUCAUCCGCAUUAUCAUAUGAUGGUAAUCUACGUUCAGCAACAACAACAACAACAAAUGAUCAUUUCAAUCAACAACAACAACAUAAAAUGACAACAAAUGGUCAAUCACCAUCCGCAUCAUUUAUGUCGACAGCAACUUAUUUUCCGCAACCGCAUCAUCAUCAUCAUUUACAUCAACCAUUUACAUUUGGUAAUCAUCAUCAUCAACAACAACAACAAAAUCAUCCACAUCAUUCGCAUCAUCAACUGCCAACCCAUCAUCAUCAUCAUCAUUCAAUACAACAGCAACAACAAUCAGCGACAAUCAAUGGAACCAAUCCUUAUUCACAUAAUCAUUAUAGCGCAUAUACAACAGCAACCAACAAUAAUAGCGGUUCAAAUUCAUCACCAACAAAUAUGGUACCAAGUUUGAAUCAUUUUGAUUAUAAUUCUGGUACAAAUAUUAAUGGUGGAACAACAUCGACAACAUCAUCAUCGGCAACUGCUGCUGCCGCUAGUUCAUCAUCAUCAUAUCCGUAUAUUGGUUGUACGGGAAAUUAUCCAACAUCAUAUUCACCAUUUGCAACGCUGACAUCAUUACCACAACCAUCAUCAUUAUCAUCACAGCAUCAACAACAACAACAGAAUCAUCAAACAUCGACAUUAAUAUCUGCUGCUGUUGCUUCAACUGCUGCGGCAAGUAGCAAUGAAAAUGAUGAUAAUAAUAAUGGUGGAAUAUCAUCAUCAUCAUAUCAAACUAAUUCAGAAACAUAUUUAACAAAUUUAUGUAACAAUAAUCGUAUGAAUGGUGAUAAUAAUAAUGAUGAUCUAUACACAUUGAAUGUUCAUAAAAAUGAUUCCAAUUUAUCACCAAUUCAUUCAUUACCACCAAUAAAAAAAGCCAAACGAACAUCUCGUGGACGUCAAUCAAGACGACAAUCAUCAAUGUUAACAAACAACAACAACAACAGUCAUCAUCCAAAUCAAUCAUUAUCAUCCGGAUCACCAUCACCUGAAAAUAAUAUUGAUCGUAUAUUCAUUUGGUAUAUUGAUGAAACAAUUUUAUCAUAUUUAAAUGUUUCGGAAUAUAAUCGUUUUUCUGGUUUUAAUGAUUCAUUAACAGCAUCAUUAUAUAAUGAAAUAUUCAUUUUUAUCAAUAAGUUUGCUGAAAAAUAUCUAUUUCUAUCCGAUCUAAAGGAUAUUGACCAAUCACAUAUUGAUGAUUCGGCUGCCGAUGAUAAUGGACAGGAUUUAAGCAAUUAUAAUUUUCAUGCUGAUGGUUUUAAAACAUCCGUUUCAUGUAAUUCAAUAAUGUUAAAUAAUGGUGGUGGUGAUUUACGACAAAAGAUGGCGUUACGUUACAGAAAAAUUAAUGAAAUUUAUUCAAAUUUUGGUGAUAAAAUUAAUGAAUUAAUGGACAAAGAUGAUUACGAACAGCUUGAAGAUCUGAUUAAACGUUUUGAUUUAUUUAGUAAAAAUUGGAUACAUUCAGCAAUGAAAACAUUAUCAUUUAUUAAAACAAGAUCAAAUUGUUUAAAUGUUUUGAUUUCAUCAUCACCAUUAAUCUAUACAUUGACAAAAUUAUUAAUAUUUCAAUUGGGACCAUAUUUUUCAAUUGGAAAUAUUUAUAGCUGUUCAAAAACAAGCAAAGAACAUACAUUGAAUCGUGUUUUGAAUCGUUUUGGUUCAAAUUGUACCUAUAUUGUUGUUGGUAAAGGUUCAGAUGAACAACAAUUAUCACAAAAACUUGAAUUACCAUUCUGGCCAAUAAACGAACGUGAACAUUUUGAAUCAUUAUUGAAUGCUAUGCAUUAUAUUUUGUGAAGAAAAAAAAACAUCCAAACAUCGAAACA